CCCACUCUUGGAGCACUUGGUUUAUCCCUCACCACUUCCUCGCUUCUUUGCGCGUCCGGCUUGUCCUGUCGGUGUUACCGGAGUUCCCUUCCGCUGACAGGCUGCUGUCAUACAGCCAUCAUGUUAUCCCAUUCCCGGUGUCUCACCAGGAAUUUUGGCCGUUCCCUAUCUGCCAUCCGCCAGGGGAAUAAUGGACUUGCACGUCGGGCCACGGCAGCUCUAUCAGCUAGCCAUUCUGUCACUCUGAACAACAAUGUAAAAUCUGAUCCUCGGUCUAGCGUCUUCCAAAUCCAGUACUUCAGGACGUCUGUAGCCCACAGAGAGGAAGUUGUCACAGUCAAGACUCCUGCAUUUGCAGAAUCUGUCACAGAGGGAGACGUCAGGUGGGAAAAAGCUGUUGGAGACACCGUUUCAGAGGAUGAGGUGGUUUGUGAAAUCGAGACUGAUAAGACAUCAGUGCAGGUUCCCUCUCCUGCUGCUGGGGUGAUCUUGGAGCUUUUGAUCCCUGAUGGAGGGAAGGUCGAGGGAGGAACUGCUCUCUUCACGCUUCGAAAAGGAGCUGCAGCUCCCAAAGCUGCAGAAGCUCCAAAAGCUGAGGCCCCGGCCGCUGCCACCCCUCCACCACCUUCUGCUGCUCCCCCUCCUCCCUCCUCAGCUGUGGGCCCCAUUCCCACCACUAUGCCCCCUGUGCCACCUGUGCCAGCACAUGCUAUGGACACCAAACCAGUUUCAGCCAUCAAGCCUACUGUUGCUUCUGCUGCACCGGCGGCUCAAGCUGAGAGAGCGACGAAAGGAGCCAGGACAGAGAGCAGGGUUAAGAUGAACCGCAUGCGGCUGAGAAUUGCCCAGAGACUGAAGGAAGCCCAAAACACCUGCGCUAUGUUGACUACGUUUAAUGAGGUCGACAUGAGCAACAUCUCAGACAUGAGGAAGACGUACAAAGAUGCGUACCUGAAAAAGCACAACCUCAAGCUGGGCUUCAUGUCUGCAUUUGUGAAGGCUGCUGCCUACGCUCUUGCUGACCAACCGUCUGUCAACGGCGUUAUCGAUGACACGACCAAAGAGAUUGUGUACAGGGAUUAUGUCGACAUCAGUGUUGCCGUGGCCACGCCAAAGGGUCUGGUGGUUCCUGUAAUCCGAAACGUGGAGGGAAUGAAUUUUACUGACAUCGAGAAGGCCAUCAAUAUGUUGGGCGAAAAGGCCCGUAGGAAUGAGCUGGCUGUGGAGGACAUGGACGGAGGAACCUUCACCAUCAGCAAUGGCGGGGUGUUUGGGUCCAUGUUCGGCACACCUAUAAUUAAUCCACCACAGUCUGCCAUUUUAGGCAUGCACGGCAUCUUUGACAGGCCCGUAGCAAUCGGUGGCAAGGUGGAGAUCCGUCCCAUGAUGUAUGUUGCCCUGACAUACGACCAUCGUCUGAUCGAUGGAAGAGAGGCCGUCACUUUCCUGCGUAAGAUCAAGUCAGCGGUGGAGGACCCCAGGGUGCUGCUUCUUGAUAUGUAAAUCCUUGUAACUCUAGGCCCGAACCAAACAAACCCUCCCACACACACAGUGGCUGUCCUCACCCGGUGAACGUUACUGCAGGUGUUGUGUUGGUUAACUAGAAAAAAAGUAGUGCAACGGACAUUUGUAAGGCUGGCAGUGAUGAGGAUUAGUUCUGUUGUGGAGAAAUGUCCGGGUCUGGGUUUCUAUGGUGCUGGUCUCUAGAUCAAAACAAAAAAGAGUAUCUUAUUACUCGUAUGCGCCAUGUCCUUUUCUACAUACAACACAAUAAAUCUCAAGCUAUUGUGAGGUAAAUGUCAAAGAUAGAAGAUUUGAUUAGUUAAUUAUAUUGGGUGAGAGAGGAACAAUGAACACAUAUUGGGCCAGAAACCAAGAAACGCUAUGUUUGAAAUUGUCCAAAGUGAAAAAUAUGAGGGAAAUGCUCUUUAUGCUCUGUAAGAAAGACUAUUUAAGAAAAAAUAAAGUUUUAAACAAUAAAAGCUUCUCGGACUGUA